UGUCUGCUAUGGUUGGUGAAAUGUGUCUGCUGAUUGUAAUGACCGUCUAUACCCCUUCUGUGUGUGUAAAAAGUGCCGACAAAUUUGUAUAAGUAUGUAUUAAAAUGACAGUAUCGAACAAAUAUUGUUUUCUGUGUGUGUUUAUGUAAGUGAAAAAUCUAGGAACAUAUUCAGCUAUAAUUUAGCUGGGAAAAAGCGUUGGAAAAAGUCAAAUGUAGAUAGGAUUCUUCCACACUCGAUUACGUGACAUAAAAAGUUUAGAGCUCCGCAUAGUACAGUAGGGUUAUUAGAUAACUUAAAAACGUAUGUAGCUAAUAAAUCACAAACCUAAUCAGAAGUAGCCGAUAAUUCAUAGACUUCAAAAUGAUACGUGCCAGUUCCUUACUAUUAACUUCUGGAAGCUGUUUACAUCUGCAGAAAAGCAUUGUUCAUCGCCAUGUUAUGAGGGCAGCAGCGUCCAAGAAGCUUGAAGUACCAGGGAUUGAAGAGAUUACAAAGAAAAAACCAGUAGUUCUCACAACAGUUACACAAAAUAGCCCCAGUCCUUUGGUCAAUCAAGAUACACUGCUUAAGGUUGCCAGUGAAGAAAUCACAAAAAAUGCAAAUUCACCUCAAUCAAUGACACCAGCCAAGCUGACAAACCAUUACAGUUCUCUAGCAAAAUUUCGGUUAACCGGCCUUGUCGUAUGCUCCGCCGUAACUGGAUAUGCUAUGGCACCAUUGCCAACUAACUUCACCACGUUGGGUCUUUGUCUUCUGGGUACAGCCUUGACGUCUGCCUCUGCAAAUACUAUUAACCAGUUUUUCGAAGUACCUUUCGACUCGCAAAUGGCUAGGACGAGCAAUCGUGUAUUGGUUCGAGGACUUCUAAGCCCUUUACAUGCCGUAUCAUUUGCGGCCGUGAGCGGUACAACUGGUUUGAUAAUAUUGAACUAUGGGGUUAACGGAGUAUGUGCGUCGUUGGGUGCUCUCACGUUGGCGCUGUACACAUUGGUAUAUACCCCAAUGAAGCGGUCAAGCAUAGCUAAUACAUGGGUAGGAUCCAUAGUUGGUGCUCUUCCACCACUAAUGGGUUACGCCGGUUGUACGGGAUAUCUCGAUGCCGGAGCAAUGGUGUUGGGAGGAGUGUUAUAUGCCUGGCAGUUUCCUCAUUUCAAUGCGUUAUCCUGGAAUCUAAGAUCCGAUUAUUCGCGUGCUGGCUACAGAAUGAUGGCUGUCACAAAUCCAGAUCUCUGCCGGAGAACAACCCUGCGACAUACCGCUGCUUUGAUAGGAAUAUGUUCGACUGCACCACUUAUCGGGUUAACAACGUGGACAUUUGCUCUGGACUCGUUGCCUGUAAACUUGUAUUUUUUAAUUUUAGCGUGGCGUUUUUACCGCCAUUCAGAUAGCUCUAGCUCUCGAAAGCUUUUUCGAAUGUCUUUGGCACAUUUGCCCAUUAUUAUGAUCCUCAUGCUCGUACACAAAAAGAAAGAGGACAGCGAAGACUGGCUGCUUAAAACAAUUCGUGGUCUUUUUCCUGCUCCUUACCACAGCUGAUGCUCCUUGCAAGUAGAACUUAAUAAAAAGUUUACUAGUCGGACCAGUGUAAAUACGCAGUAUAACAAAGGAAUAAAUGACCGAUGAAAUAAA